GCGGAGUUGCGGACGACGCUAAGAUCACAUUGCGCCGUGUGUAGCGUAAGAUAUAUUUCUGUUCCGUUUUUCUCUUCUAACAGCAAGGACGCCAAAGCGUUCAAUUCAAAAUGACAUCUCUAAUUUCUUCGAGAAUUGUUAGUUCAUCUGCACUGCAUCACGUUUUUAAAUCUGCUCUUAAUUGCGGAGAGAGCAAGUGUUUGUAUCCAAGUAUUCGAGUCAGUCAAUGGUACUUGCCCAACAGUUACAAUCAACAUAGAUUCUAUGCUGAAAAACAAGUUUACAAGAGAGAUAAGCCACAUUGUAAUAUUGGAACUAUUGGACAUGUUGAUCAUGGUAAAACAACCUUAACAGCUGCCAUUACCAAAGUCCUUUCUGAGAGGGAACUGGCGCGUGUAAAAAACUACGAUGAAAUUGAUAAUGCACCAGAGGAGCGUGCCAGAGGAAUCACAAUCAAUGUCGCCCAUGUGGAGUAUGAGACCGAAAACCGUCACUAUGGACACACAGAUUGCCCUGGGCAUGCAGAUUACAUUAAGAAUAUGAUUACUGGUACCUCUCAAAUGGAUGGGGCCAUUUUAGUUGUUGCUGCUACAGAUGGUGUGAUGCCUCAAACCAGAGAACAUCUAUUACUUGCUAAACAGAUUGGUAUUAACCACAUUGUGGUGUUUAUUAAUAAGGUUGAUGUUACUGAAGCUGACAUUUUGGAUCUUGUUGAGAUGGAGAUUCGUGACCUUCUUACAGAGAUGGGAUUUGAUGGUGAUGGCACUGCUGUCAUCAAGGGGUCUGCCCUCGCUGCCAUGGAAGGGAAAUCUCCAGAGAUUGGCUCUGAAGCUAUUGUAAAGCUUUUAGAUGAAUGUGAUAGAGUUAUCCCUCUACCUGAGCGUGAUUUAGACAAGCCAUUCUUGAUGUCAAUCGAGCAAACUUGCUCUAUCCCUGGUCGUGGUACAGUUGUGACAGGUCGCUUGGAGCAUGGAACAAUCAAGAAAGGAAAUGAAUGUGAAAUUUUGGGCUAUGGAAAAAAAGUUAAAAGUGUUAUCACAGGCAUUGAGAUGUUCUGCAAGACAUUAGAGGAGGCGCAUGCUGGUGACCAAUUAGGAGCUUUAAUCAGAGGAUUGAAGCGUGAUGAUGUAAGAAGAGGAAUGAUGGUUGCUAAGCCAGGUACACAGAAGCUGUCAGACUGUGUGGAAGCUCAGAUUUACGUACUGAACAAAAAGGAAGGUGGACGUACAAAGCCCAUAACAAAUAGAUUCAACUCGCAAAUGUUCUCUAAAACAUGGGACACAUUAAAUCAGCUUUAUGUUUGCAACAAAGAACUGAUCAUGCCUGGAGAAGAUGCAACUGUAAAUCUUUGGUUUCCCAAAGGAAUGGUUUGUGAACAGGGACAGCGAUUCACAAUCAGAGAAGGCUCAAUAACAGUUGCUACAGGAGUAAUUUCUAAAAUCCUUCCUAAUCUGACUCCUGAACAGAAGGAAACCAUUCUGAUGUCCAAGAAGCAGUUAGCAAAGAGACAAGAAGCCAGUAAAAAGGGGGCAAAAAAAUGAGCCGCUUGUUUUUUUCUCAAAUAAUAAAGAGGACACUUGCAUUUUUAUCUUAAAUUAAAAAGAUUUCUACGAAAUCCAUCAGUUGUACACUUGGCUGCACGCACCCUAUGCAUCCACAGUGCAAGUGGGAAAUCUUCAGUUUUCAUUUCUAAUGUUUCAUACUCCUGAGUAUUGAGUGGAAAUCACCUCACCGUGAAAAAUGUAGUCUAUUUCCAACAUGAUGUACUCCAUUUCCUGUUCAAUUUUAAGCUAAUAUUGUGAAAUGAACCUGAAAAAUAUUUUCUAGCCAGUGACUAAGCUCUCGGGUGUGUUAGGUGCAUGCAAAAUGUAGAUGUAACUAAGCCCUCAUUUAAAAAUGUUAUGGCUUUAUAUCAGGGCUGUAUGAUGUAGCAAUGUUAGAGUUGACAUUGUUUUCAUAUUAAAAUAUAAAAUUUGAAACAAAAGUU